UUCCUAUACAUGGAACGUAGGGGCCUGUCAUGUUAGCUCCUUUCGCUUCAGUUAGGGGCCUGUGUAUCUCCCAAAACAAUGCCGACGAGAGGCCCAGAAGGCACGCCGAUGCCUCAUCCUGGCGUCCAGCCCCCGGGAAGUGUGGGUCCCCGGACGCCCUAGCCCUGGGUCCUUUCCUUCUGUCCCCAGGGCUGUGUCUGCGGCAGGUGAUACAGGCUCAGGACGGGCCACUGCCCAAGCCCACCCUCCGGGCGCUGCCCAGCCCCCUGGUGCCCCUGGACAAGCGGGUGACCAUCCGCUGCCAGGGUCCCCCCGGCGUGGACUUGUACCGCCUGGAGAAGCUGAGGUCCGGGAAGUACAUGAACGUGGCCUCCCUCGACAUCCCGGCCAUGCAGUAUACCUCUGCCGGGCCGUACCGCUGCUCCUACCAGAACGGCAGUCGCUGGUCCCUGCCCAGCGAGCAGCUGGAGCUGGUGGCCACCGGAGUGUAUGAGAAGCCCACGCUCUCGGCCCAGCCCGGCCCUUCGGUGUCCCUCGGAGAGGACGUGACGCUCCAGUGCCAGAGCAAAUACGGUUUUGACCAAUACGCUCUAUACAAGAAGGUGGACACUGGGCCUUACAAGGGCCCUGAGCGGUGGGAGCGGGCCAACUUGCCCAUCACCACGGUCACGGCCGCCCACAGCGGGACCUACCAGUGCUACAGCUUCUCCAGCAGCAACCCGUACCUGUGGUCCGCCCCCAGCGACCCCCUGGAGCUUGUGGUCACGGGGACCUCUGGGACACCGAGCCAGUUACCCACAGAAGCACCUUCCUCUACAACACGGCCUUCUAGGGAUACCACCACCUUUUCAGGGGGGCCAGACUCUACAACUGAGCCUUCUAGGGACACCACCAUCUUUUCCAAGAGGCCAGGCUCUACAACUGGCCUCACCCAUCAGGACUACACUAAGGGGAACCUGGUCCGGAUAUGCCUCGGGGCUGCGAUUCUCUUACUCCUGGCGGGCAUCCUGGUAGAAGAUUGGCACAGCCGGAAGAAAUUCCCGCUGCACUGGGUCCCGGCUGUCCACAGGCCACUCCCACCCCUCCCACGGGCUCAGAAGUCACAAAGUGGUCAGGACGGGGGUCGACCAGUUGGCCAUCCCCAGCGUUUGCCACCAUCAGAACCUCAAGACGUGGUUGUAUCCAAGAGGUCAUGAGAGCAGGGAGGGGACUUGGCGUGCAUGCGUAUGCGUGUGUGUGUGUGUGUGUGUGUGUGUGUGUGUGUGUGUCUUCUAGGGGCUCCGUCAAGAAGCCAUUGAGUCAGUGUCUAUUUGGCUUCCUGAUUGCUUCUCAGCCUUUAAGGCCAAGUGCACUUGGCUUCCUGUUGAUUAACCAAAGAACUUAUAUGCAUAUAUUCAUUGCUCAUGGACACAGACAAUAGGGUGGUAUAAGCCUGGGGCCCGGCUGGGCGGGAACUGGGUGAAGAGGAGCAAUGGGGGGAAGAAAUGGAGGACAUCCGUAAGACUCAACAAUGAAGAUUAAAAAAAAGAGAACUCCCUCUGUUUGGGGCGGAAAGAAUCAAACCAGCAACCCCUCAGUCCGCCGGCCAAUGCUCUAUCCACUGAGCCAAACCGGCUAGGGCCAGUCCCUCAUGUCUUGCACAUUGUGGCUCUUACAACUUCCUCACCGCAUCAUCGUACUUCCCUCUUUUUU